AUGAGCGAGCGAGGUUCGGAAAUCGUCUUUCGAGCGGAGAAUGUGCCGAUCCGACACUUCAAAGCAUGCCGAUGGUGUAAGAGACAGAAAAUGCGCUGUGAUGCACGGCAUCAAGUCCCAUGCUUUCGAUGUCGCUCAACUGGGCGUGACUGUAUUCUAGAUCCUAUUGAAGAUAAUACCCGGCGACGAAGUGAACGUCGGAGAAAGACCAUUGGACAUUACUCAUCAGUCGCUUCACCACGGGAGCAGCACAGUGUCUAUCACUCUCCUGUCGCCGGACACGAUGCUACUUUUGACACAAAUAUCGACUCCCUUCCUGCUACAUCAGCGCUGGAAGAUCUACGAAGAUCCCAAACAACGGAUCAAUCUGGCCCUGAAUCACAGCAACUCAGUCCAAACGACAUGAUUGCUCCUGUUUCGGCAGUUCACUCGAUGUCAGUAAACCUACUCGGCACGAACAGUAUACUUAUGGAGCAUUCGACAAAUGGCGACCUGAGAGGCGACAUCAUUGCUCGAGGUAUCAUCACUGAGGAACUUGCUAGGGUUAUGCACGAGCGCUUUUCAUGUGGUAGUAAGCACUAUUUACCUCUGUUUGAUCCUAUUCGGGAUACAUUCGACUCUAUACGGUCACGCUCUUUGUUUUGCUUUACUGUUAUUAUGUACCUGGCUAGUCGAGCUGUGGUCGACUUGCGUAGUGAUACACAUAUGCAACGUGUAUUGCAAGAUGAAGCGCAGCGUCUGGCUGAAGAUAGUUUUUUUGAACGCCCUACAAAGCUUGAAACUGUUCAGGGAAUGAUUCUCCUCGCUGCUUACUCGGAGAAAUCCUGGUUUUCAACUGCCCUCAUUUUACGCACAGCCUUGGACUCUGGGCUGGAGAAAUCAUUGGACACAUUGUUGUCGCAGGAAAAUGUACCUCGCAGCUCUCUAUCUGCCUCAAUGGCAGAUCGACAGUUGGUGUGGCAAACACGAACUUGGCUUAUCAGUUUCACACUGGAACUAGAUGUGGCUUCAGGUACAGGCCGCAAGUCUCGUAUUGGCGAGGUGGAUGUAAUGAAAUUGCGCAAGUUCCUUGACUACCCGCUUUCUCUACCUUGUGAUAUGCGAACAGUCUGUAUCAUCGAACUUCACCAACUUCGAGCUAAAUCGCGCAUUAUAUUGGAAAAUUCAGGGACGAUUCGUGAUGUCAUUUCUAUAGAAUUACCUGGAAUUAUGAAAAGACUGCAAAACUGGUGGACAACUUGGGAUAAUCUCCAUGACAAUAACGGCUUUCAUGCUGGAGCGUUCCAGCGCAGUAGCCUGAAACUUAUGCUUACAUAUGCCAGGAUCUUUGUACUAUGCGCAUCCUUGGCUCGCAUCCAAAAGUUACAAACUAGCUCCUCCAACUCCGACUCUGAAAUGAUAGACGAAAGCGUAAUGAAUCUUUGGCAAACUCUCGUUACGACAAUUAUGGACCAGUUGGCGUUUCUGAUCAAUGAGCCUGCAUACAGGUGCCAGCUGCCAUGGGCUCCCACAUAUCCCGCUUUGACCAUGGCUUUUGUCACUACUUUUGCUGUCCGGAUAGCUAGGUGGCGACCAAACCUUAUUGAUCAAAGUCUUCUUCUAGAAAGAGCAGAAAGGAUCUGUGAAUUUUUGAAGCAACCGCCAUACCCGGACAUUCACCGCACUGUAUCUGUCUUCGUUAACUAUGCCCGAGCCUUGAUUGCCAGCCAGCAACGAAGCAGUGACAGAUCAGACAGGCCCAGACCGUCCGAUCAAAGGUAUGGACACAUAACCUCCUACACGGGUCCAUAUAGUCAGAUGCCUAAUGCAGCUCAUGUGGGGCCUUUGGAUGACCCUCAGUAUCGACCUGACUCGGCUCUUCCGAGUGACCAAGACCCGAAUAUGGUCCCCAUGACAGGUAUUGAUGCCGCUGGAACUCUUGCAAGACUACCCAACACUAUGGAAGCCCCGAAUUGGACAAUGUCUAACUCUAUUGCCGACUCUUUUGGUCUAUUUGAGGAAGGACAGAACGACAUUUUUGACUUCUUGCCCAUGAUGCCCUCUUUACCUCAAUAG